AUGACAGGACGGCGUCCGUCGCCCUCUCUUCCGUCCCGUCGUGAAGUUGAAUGUGCUGUGCGCAUCUGGGGGGGGAUUCUGUGCCGCAGGGUUCUUCCCCUUCCCCAACCUCCCCUCGCUACAAUCACUGCAGCACUCCAAAUUGUUCGCUGCGGCACAACCAUUUUCUAUGGGGUGGAGCCUUGGGAACUUCAGAACGCCAUUCCAGCUUCACAUUCAGCCGUCGUUCCGCCAUCUCGUGUCCCACCAUCCGCUUCCCGCUUCGCGCAUCUCCGUUCCAGCAAAUCCCAAGCUCGGUCCGUCACACUCGUAGGAGCAAAAGUCUCUAAAUUGCACUCGCAGCGUCGGUGCCGGCUUCGUGCUCUGCCUGGAAGCUCGGAGUCGACAACGACUGUAGCGGAGGAGAAGGAGAAUGGCGUCGGGGUUAGAGCUUCCGAGGACCAGCAACGACCGAGCACGGACUCUGACCAAUCAGGCUCCCCUAAAGAAGAUGCUUAUCCAUCUCCUCCGCCUCCUCCUUCAAGUAUGAAGAGCCUCGACGCGUACUUCGAAAAGCUGAAUGGCUCUUCCAGCAGCAGCAGCAGCAGCAGCAGCAGCAGCAGCAGCAGCAGCAGCAGCAGUAGCGCAGAGAAGCAAACACCGGAGCAACAAACCGCAGAAGCCGUGGCUGCACCUGCAGCUGCUGCAGCAUCAGCAGAACCUGCUGCAUCGCCUGCCGCCAGCACGAGUUCAUCAGCGUCAUCCGCCGCCGCUGAUACGAGCAGUUCGGCGGAGAAGAAGAGAGUAACCAAAGACUUCCAAGCACUGAGCUCCCUAAAUUCGUACUUCGACAAGCUCAACGCUGGUAAAGAAAAGAAGGCGGACGCUGAUUCCAGCGCAGCACCAGCCGCCUCGCAGGCAUCCGCAGCCACCGCGUCUUCAACAGCGCCGGCUGACGUCAGCAGCAAGGUUGCGGAGGCGGAGAAAACGGAGAAGGCGGCGAAGGUGGGGAAGGCGGAGGAGAGCGGCGGAAGCAAGGAUCUGAAGGCGGAGGAGGUGGAGGAGCUUAUCAGGCGGAUUGUGGAGGACGUGGAGAAGAAGAAGGGCAGUGGCGCGCUUGACACCAAGGUGUCGGACCUGACUCUGGAGGCUAUCAUGGGUCCGCGCAACCUGCUGGACGACUGGAUCUCCGCCAAAGCGGCCGUUUCUGCUCCCACCGCCGUCUACACGCUAGUGGCGAUCAACAUAGCGGUGUUCUUGUUUGAGCUCGCCAGUCCCGAGGCGGUGCCGGGGGUGAUCACCACGUCGCUGCCAGCGCUGCUCGCCGCCAAGGUCAACCCGCUCAUUGAAGCCGGCGAGUGGUGGCGCCUCCUCACGCCCUCCCUCCUCCAUGCGGGCAUAAUCCAUCUCUCCGUGGGAACGUUCUUCCUGCUGGGCAUCGGCAGUGUUCUCGAGUUUGCCAUCGGCCCCCUGGGUCUGCUCGCAGUGUACCUCUCCUCCGGCCUCGCAGGCAACAUCAUGUCCUUCCUGCAGACGCCUGACGUCACCGUUGGCGGCACGGGUCCAGUGUACGGGGUGGUAGCAGCGUACGCGGCGUUCCUGAUAAAGAACCGGGAGGUGAUCGGCACGGAGACAGCGGACAGCAACGUGCGCGAGUCGCUCAUCAUCGCUGCUCUCUUCGCCCUCUUCGCCAACCCUUUGCCCAUCGACCCCUCCACCCAUGCUGGAGCAGCACUGGCAGGCUAUCUUUUCGGCAGCAUUGCAGCUCCAUCCAUGCGCAAAGUGAAGAUAUCCAAUGAGGAGGCAGCCAAGCGGCAACAGGGGCUGCUCAACUCUUUCCUCAGCCAGAAAACAAACGAGGAGUCGUACGAGCUGGUGGUAGAACCAGCUGACUCCAAGAAGCUGGCUGCUGCUUUUGGGGCGUCGAUGGCACUAUCUCUGGCGCUGUUUCAGUUGUCGCAAGGAAUUCCGUUGGAUGCUGAUUUGUUGCAGUCAUUGCCCCCUGCGGAUGGCGAUCCUCAUUUCGGCACGAGGACCCGCCCUGCUCUCGUUCCUCUGGUCUUGUACUUGGCAUUGCUACGUUUGCUCGCCAUGGCGACAGUGACUUCUCAGCAGCUCUGCGGUUUAGCAGGUAUAGGUUUCAGCUGCAAGGUCCGCGCGAACGAGUCAGCGUCGUUCAGCAGAGCUCUAUUUCCUGCUAGGCUCCCUAAAAGCAACGCCAGGUUGAUAUCAUCAUGGAACGAAGCGGAGCGACGAAGGCACGUGCCUGUACAGUCAGCCAUGGAAGCAAUGGAAGAAGCUACUUUCGAGCCUCGUUUCAAGCCGUGGGAAGCUCAGAGCUUCUUAAAGGAGAAUUUCCCUCGCAUGCCGCAGGUUCCGUCGCGUCCUCUUGUACCUAGUGACAGGGCUGACGAUUUGUCGCUGCAUAAUCCGUUGAGAAGACUGGAGCGCAUGGGGUGCGGAUGGCUGGCCGUUCUGUUGGAGUGGGAGGGGGUAGUGAUUGAAGACGAUUCUGUUUUUGAACGUCAGGCGUGGAUAGCUCUUGCGGAAGAGGAAGGCCGACCGCAGCCUCCCGUUUGGGUUCUUAAGAGAGCAGAAGGCAUGAAGAACGAGCAGGUUAUUCGCGAGGUGCUCUGCUGGUCGCGCGACUUUAUGACUGUACGGAGACUGUCGCAGAGAAAAGAAGAACUGUAUGAACAGUUUCAGGGAGGUUGCUACAGGCUUCUUCCGGGCUCCAGAGAAUUUUUGGAGACUUUGAAGCGGUGCAAGAUUCCCGUGGCGAUUGUGUCGACUCGUCCGGCGAGAUACUUGGAGCGAGCAGUGGAGGCGGUGGGCAUGGAGGGCUUCUUCGAUGCUGUCAUUUCCGCUGAUGACGUGCAGAGAGGAAAGCCGGAUCCUGAGAUGUACCAGUAUGCGGCACAGCGACUGCAGUUUAUUCCCGAGCGCUGCAUCGUCAUUGGGAGCUCCAACUCCACUAUAGAGGCGGCCCACGAUGCUUACAUGAAGGUUGUCACCGUUGCAGGGAGGCACCCAGUGUAUGAGUUGGGUGCAGCGGAUCUGGUGGUUCGCAAGCUGGACAUGCUUUCCGUGGUCGAUCUCAAGAACCUGGCAGACCUAGACUCGCCGGAAUUCACGCCACCGCCUGAGCUAGAGCCGGAAUUAGAGCCGGAGACCAAGAGAACUGGUGUUGGCACCUUGUGA